AUGGGCCUUCAUGUUGGCGGAGAGACGGCCAUCUCGGCCAAGCGUGCUGAGUUGGCGGGCAAGGGUGGUAUCCAGGGUCUGCUCAGUAACAAGAAGACCUCCGCCAUCGGAUUGUUCGCUUCACUGGGAGGUCUGGUGUACGGAUAUAACCAGGGAAUGUUCUCCCAGAUCUUGACGAUGCACUCUUUUAGUGAUGCUACCCAACAAUUCGCCGCGACUACGGGUAUUAAACAGGGUCUAUUGACUUCUAUCCUCGAGCUCGGUGCCUGGGUGGGAACGCUGUUCAACGGAUACCUGGCUGAUGCGCUGGGUCGUCGGCUCACGGUCGUGGUUGCUGCGGUGGUUUUCUGCAUUGGUGUCAUUGUCCAGGCUUGCACCCAGAAUGCCAAUUACGUCUUCGGAGGUCGAUUCGUCACCGGUCUGGGAGUUGGAAGUUUGAGUAUGGUCGUUCCACUGUACAAUGCCGAGCUGGCACCUCCAGAGAUUCGUGGCUCGCUGGUCGCUGUGCAGCAGCUUGCUAUCACUUUUGGAAUCAUGAUCAGCUUUUGGAUUGGUUAUGGAACGAACUACAUCGGCGGCACGGGCGCCAACCAGGCGGACGCUGCGUGGCUCAUUCCUGUCUGCAUUCAAAUCCUCCCUGCUAUCGUCCUGGGAGUUGGUAUUGUACUCUUUAUGCCUCAAUCUCCACGCCAUUUGAUGAACACUGGCCGCGAGGAGGAGUGCCUAAAAACUCUAGCUCGCCUCCGCAGCGCGUCCACCGAUGAUCUUCUGGUCCGCAUCGAGUUCCUGGAAAUCAAGAGUCUUUACCUGUUUGAGAAGGAGACUUCCGAGAAGAAAUACCCUGAUUGGCAGGACGGCUCGUUUUCCAGCCGAUUCAAGAUCGGCGCUUCCGAAUAUCUCUCACUUGUCACCAACCCUUCUCUGUUUAAGCGAACUGCCGUUGCUUGUCUGAUUAUGACUUUCCAGCAAUGGAAUGGAAUCAACGCAAUCAACUACUAUGCGCCGUUCAUCUUCCAGAAUAUGCACCUGCCGGGCAACACUAUCACCCUGUUGGCCACGGGUGUUGUUGGUAUUUUCGAAUUCGUUUUCACCAUUCCAGCCGUGCUGUGGGUCGAUAAGAUUGGCCGCAAGAAGAUUCUGAUUGCUGGAGCCAUUGGUAUGGCCUCGUGCCAUUUUAUUGUUGCUGGUAUCCUGGGUGGCUUCAACCACAAAUUCGACGAGCACCGUGCGGCCGGCUGGGCCGGUAUCGUGUUUGUGUGGAUUUUCGUGAUCAACUUUGCCUAUUCAUGGGGUCCCGUGGCAUGGAUUGUCGUUUCGGAAGUUUUCCCUCUUUCCAUGCGUGCUAAGGGUGUCAGUCUUGGUGGCAGCAGCAACUGGCUCAACAACUUCGCCGUCGGCCUGUCCACUUCCCCGUUCGUCAAGACGAGCCCAAUUGGCGCUUUUAUUUUCUUCGGCUGUAUCACCACCAUCGGCGUGGCCUACGUGUAUUUCCUGGUCCCCGAAACCAAGGGCCGUACCCUGGAGGAGAUGGACGAGCUUUUCGGAAGUACUGGUAUUGCCCAGGACGAUGCGCUCCGCAAGGCACGCAUCGAAAGAGAGAUUGGCCUGCUUGCUCUGCUGGGUGUCGAGCACGCCUCCGACGACAAGCUCGUUGUGGCCGAGACCGCUGCCCACAAGGAGGAGAUCAAUGAGGAGACGACAGAGCCCAAGACCGAGCUUUGA